GAUGGGGGGGCCUCAGCCUGCAGGGUGUGGAUCAGGGCGGGCUCCCUGGAGGAGGGGGCCUUGGCGCUGGCAGAUGGCAGGCCACAGACCGGGCCGCCCUUUGGGACGCCUGCCUUGGUUUCCCUGUCUGCCCCCCCCCACCCCACUCCACCCCCUGGAUCCGGAACCCUGACCAGGGGGUGGGCUGCAGCCUGGAACCCGCUGCCCGGAGCAACGGGGCAAACAGAACUUGGCGGGACCUGGAGCCCACUCUCCGGACGGCCGCCUGUGCUCCUGCCUGCCGCCCUCCCGGCCCGCCCGGCCAGCCCCCGCCUCUCGAUGCAGCACCCCAAGCCCUUCUACGCCCCCGCCACACCCCAGGAAGGCUUCAGCCCCCGCGGCCCGGACGGCGCCGAGGCGCCCGCUCCCGCCUGCCCGGAGCCUCUGCCCGCCGUAGGUGUCUCCAAUCUCUACCCCGCCCCAAACCCGGAGAAAGAGGUGUUUCCAGUCCCCCCGGCAGGCUUCCAGAUGGCGCCCUGCGGCUGCUGCUUCGACCCCCGCAUCUACCGGAUCGAGUGGGCCGCCACCGACUUCGGCCAGUCGUCGCUGUACAAGCUGGUGGCGGCGGGUGGUGGGGGGCCGGCUGGAGGCCCCGCGUCACCGGGCACCUACCUGCUGGAGCCCCAGCCCUACCUCAAGGCCACGGGGCCGCCCCCGCCGUACCCCCACUACCAGCCGGCGCCCGGGGGCGCCCCGUACCUCAUGUCCUACUUCCCGCCCGAGGGGCCCGACGCCCUGGGCUUCGCGGGGGACGGGGGGCCCCCAGCCUUCGUGGAGCUGCCCCCCACCCUGCUCAAGGACGGCCCGGCCCCCCCAGCACCCCCCAAGGAGACCCAGCCGCCGCCCCUACUCAUCACACUCCCGGCCGAGGCCGCGCUGCCCCCCGCCACCUACGGCCACUUCAAGGGCCGCCUGAGCCAGCUGCACGGGCCCGGGGAGCCCCUGGCCUUCCCGCCCAAGGAGCCCGGGCCUGGCCCUGGGGAGCCCAAGGCGGCCGAGGCCGAUGGGCCCCCGCUGGGGGCAGGCGAGGCGGGGACCCCCCAGGCCACCAAGGCCGCAGCGCUGCCCGACAAGGUGUUGCUGGAGGACGCCAUGAAGCUCUUCGACUGCCUGCCGGGCGUCCCCGAGCCCGAGGGGACCCCGGGCAAAGGCCCUGGCCCCGGCCAGCCCGACGGGGCGGGCGACUCCUCUGGGGACAUCCGCUCGCUGCACCUGCCGGACGAGCUGCUGUCCUUCGACUACAGCGUCCCCGAGAUCCUGGACACCGUGUCCCACGUCGACUACUUCUUCAACUUCAAGGCGCUGGACGAGGAGCCACCGGCCCAGCCCGGGCCCCCCGCCGUCCAGCCCGCGGCCCCCGCACCGCGGGCUGAGCCCCCCGGCCGGAGGAAAGCGGGCGCCUCGGCCACCAAGAAGGGGAGGCAGGGAGGCAAGAACAAGCAGGCCACCCCCCCAGCGCCCAGGCAGGACCCGGGGGCCGCCCCCCAUUAAAGCCCAUUGGAUUUCA